GCAAACGAACGGAAAACGAAUUAAAAAAGGAAAAAAGCCCGCCAGGAACUGGAACUGCGCGCGGACCCCAAAAAGGUCGAGAGGCAGCACAGCGGAACGUUGGCAUGAAACGAAACGAACGCCCGGCGAUGGCGGCAGACAUGCAAAUUUAUGCAUUUUAAGUGCGGCAGCAACAACAACAACACGAAAGCAACAACAACAAGAGCCACAACGAAACACGACUAAAAGCAGAUUUUAAGCAAAUUAAUUAAAUUAACAUACACAUGGAAAUCGGAACCAAAAACAAUUAGCGCCACACUAUGGAAGCUGGAAAUGAAACAGCGGCUCUUGAUGAGGCGCAGCCACAUCAAGCAGCAGCAGAGGCGGUGGGCGUGGCAAUGGCAACAGAGACGUCAUUUAGCAACCAAGAGACUGAUAAAGCGGCCAUCACGAUGAAGUGCGUCAACGGAAACGCUGACAUAACUAAAACAACAACAACAGCAACAACAACGAACACACUCAGAUUGGAGGAUGUGGUUGCAUUUGUCAUGCCAGCCACAACAGAAGCGGCAAGAAGUGCAACACCACGCAGCACCACCAAAUCGAGCCAUGCCACAAAAUCGGCUGGCAGCAGUCGCAGCAGUUCGCUGCGCAAACAACGACGCGCCGCCGGCCUCAACAACAUGUUGUUGUUGGACGUUGCGGGCGGCGGGGGCGUUGCGUUGGGCGGUGGCGGCAGCGGCUGCGAUAUAAAAAUAUCGCAAUCGAUGACCUCGCUGCCGGCGGACGAGCUGCAGCAGGAGCGCCGCGAUACCAUCCAGGCCAAGCUGCAUCUGGAGCGGCCCUACAACAGCCUCAAGAAAAACUCACAGAGCGGCGGCAACAAGUGCUCCAGCAACAACAACAACAACAAUAACAAUAGCAACAACAACAGCGGCAGCAACAACAAAAUGCACCGUUACUCUUGGGGCAGCGGGCACAGCCACAGCAGCUCGACCAGCCUGCACAGCAGCGCCACACUUGGGCUGGGCUCGUCGGGCAAAGACGACCUCUGGGCGGCCAUUCAAACAAACUAUAAUUAUAUUAUGGACACAAACCUGUUGGAUACGUGCAAAGAGGCGCGGUUUGAAAUUGAGGAGGCGCAGCCCGCAUCACGCGAGUCCAAAUUUAUGGGAAGCCAGCUGCAUAUUCUGGAUGAAACGCAGCGACCGGAGGGUCUGUGCGAGGAUCCUAAGGAAUUGCGUCGCUGGCUACGCGACAUGGAAAACAAAUUGGAAAACGCACCAACUAUUUCGGAAUUAACAUUGUAUUGUAAUUCGGAGUUGCAGCGCCAUCUAGCAGUACACUCGGUGUUGUACCAUGAAAUUGUAUCACACGCUCGAGUUGUAAGCGCUUGCAUUCGCGCCGCCUCCGAAAGGGAACGGGAACGGGAACAAUCGCAGUUACAGCAACAACCCGCAUCUCUCACCAGCAAUUGCUCCAGUGAAUCAACCAGCGAUUCGGUGACCAAAUCGCAUAGUCUCAGCAGCGGCUUCGCCUCUGAUGCAGCCCACUUGACCACGCCCAGCAGCACAGCGGCAACAACUGGCACUGGAGUCGUCGCAGCUGGCGGCGGCAGCACAGCUCAUCCCAGGAAGGGUGAGGGCAAUUUGGAGCGACUACGCGAUCGGUAUCAUCUGAUCUAUUUGAAGGCCUUUGAGCUGCAACUCUGCCUCGACAAUUUACUGCGCAAACGCAGCUCCACAGCGAACGGCUUGGAUGACGACGACGAUACUGAAGACGAUUCAUUUGGUUACGAGGGCGAAGGCGACGGCGACGGCGACGGCGACGCUGCCACCGAGGACGAUCUGAACGAGGUUGCCUCCGAUUUGGACUUGGAGUGCGAGAGUGGUUGUGCGCCGAGUCACAACUCGACGGAGCUGUUGCAACGUUGUCAGCUAACUGCCACAGAGAUUGUUGCCGCCAACGUUCAGGCCGAGGAUCAGUCACGCGAUUGUAUCGCAACCCAAAAGCCUGGUGACGAGGCCGACGAGGAGCCAGAGGAGGAGGACGACGACGAGGCAGACGUUGUUGAUUUUGUGAUUGCCAAACGCGCCUGGCGUCCAUCCAAAAUCACAAAUCAUCUCAGUCACAGUCACAGCAACUCACCCGCCGCAGCAGCCACGCUCACCGACUUCGAGGCCGACUCCGAGAGCAGCGAUCUGGAGCAGGUGCAGCAAUUGCGACGAGGCGGCGCUGGUGGUGGCGGUGGCAGCAGCCUACUCAUCAAUCAGCGACGUGUGGUGCUGCCCAUCAUUACGCACAGCACACAGCUGCACCACCAUCAACUGACAGUGAGUCAUGUGCUAGACAUGUCGCAGGCCAGCAGCAGCAACAACAACAGCAGCAGCUCCACGCCCAAUUUGGCUAAUUUGUCGCUGUUGCAGACGCGACACGGCAACGUCAAAAUGUUGCCACCACAGUGCCACAAUGGCGUCAAGCCGAAGAGCAUUGCCGUCGCCGUAAUCACACCCAAUACCCAUAAUCAUAGCCAUCAUAAUGGCCAUGGACAUGGCCAUGGACACGGUCACGGUCACGGACACGGACAUGAGCUGAACAAGUCGCCAACGGUGCUGAGAAAGGCGGCAACACAUCGCGGCCAUCACAAUGACACCUCCAAGUUCAAUCGUUCCAAUCGCAAGUCCAAGAACUGCGCCAUCUUCUACUUCAAGCAUUUGGAUACAGACAAUGAGACGAGCGGCACCGCUGGCACCGAUGCUGCCGGCGAGGGGGAUGCUCGUCAGUCCAGCGAAAUACUGAAAUCGGCUGAUGCCUCAUCGGAUGACGACGACGAAGGUUGGCUCUACACAGCAGCAACAGCAACAGCAGCAGCAGCAACAACAACAACAACUGCAACAGCAGCAGCAGAAACAUCCACAGUCGAUGGUCUGCAGUCGGCUGCCAUCUCGUCGACAACCUCUGGCGCCGUUGCAGGAGUCAGCGUUGGGCCCAGCGACGACUCUGAUAAGGAGAACAAGGAGACGCUGGUGACCACAACUGCUGCAACUGCUGUUGUUGCAAUUGCAACUGGCAGCACUGGCAACAGCAGCAACUACGACAGCAGCAGCGCCUGCUCCUCGUCCAAUUCGAACGGUGUCCAUACGGAGACCUCGGCCACGUCGCGGGUUACCCAAAUGCAGCGCAGCGUUGUCGACAUGGACAUUCAGUUGCAAAUCUGCAAUGGCAGCGCCAGCGAUGGCAGCAGCAGCACCAACACAAGACACAUCAUUAGCAACAAUUGCUACAAACAACUGAAUCACAAGCAACAACAACAGUCGCGCUUGGACUCUAAACAGCAACAGCAACUGCUGAAAAUGGGCGCCAAUCUGGAGAACGCUGAUGAGGCAACUGUUGCUGAUAAUGCAAAUGGAAAUGCAGCACAGCUGCAGUCUAUGUGCCACAACAACAACAGCAGCAGCAGCAGUUUCUAUAGCCGCGCCGACAUCUGCAACAUCAGCGUUUGGCCCACUGAGAUGAGCAACUGCAGCAAUGGAAAUCCAAUUCCGAAUGGCCAACAGAAUGGUGGCAAUCGUUUGCCACCCCGCUCGCCGGCCAAGUCCGCCAAGUCGACCAAAUCGCAGGCGAGCAGCAGCAAUGCGACUAUGUCGCCAGCAAAGUGCAAGGUCUCGCAUGAUUCAAUCAAGCAGCUUGUGCUCGAAGCAGAGCAUUUGGUGCGCGACGCUCAGGAGGCAGCGUUGAAGACGCCAACGAAGCAGAAACAUUCCAUCAUCAAAAUCUCCUCGACGGUCAAGAAGCGCGAACUGACCAUGCCCGGUCCCAUCAAGCAGCGUGUCGAGGAAUGGCUGGAGCAUCAGCCGUCGACGCCGCAGCUGUUGACGCGCAGCCACGCCCUUGAGGCGCCCAGCAAGCCGGAUGACUGCGAGGCAUCCGGCGAGGCCAGCGAAACGGAUUCCAUGCCGCAAACGGGUCUCGUUUGUGGCGGCAACUCGGACUCCUCGGAGGGCUUCACCGACUCGAUUGCGACGUGCCUGCAGACGAGCACCAAUUCGUAUGGCAACUCGACGGAACGCAUUGGCGGCUCCGCCGAGCCAAUUGGCCAGCCUGCCACGCCCCUGGGCUAUGGCAGCAGCAAUCAAAGCCUGAACGUGAAGAUCGUCAAGCGUCCGCAGACGCGUCGCAAGUCGGAGCGUCCCUGGUCCGUCUCCUGCCUGUCGCAGCUGACCACCGAUGCCGCUCAGCUGACCACAACGAUUGCCGCCGUCGGCCAGAGCUCGCCGCCGGGCCUGGCCAGCCAUUCGAUCAGCGAGAGUGCUUUGGACUCGCUGUCGCCGGGCCCACGGGCACGUGCCGCCUCCUCCUCGGGCACGGGCAGCAAUGCGGCACGCAAAGCAGACAGCAAGGGUUCGCUGCGGCGCCGGCGUGCCCGCAAGAAGCGCAUGUCUGCCGCCUCCGGCGGCAAGAAGUCCGACUCAGGCUCGGAGGCGCAUGGCGAUCUCACGCAGACGCUCAUGAAAUCCUGCGAGUCGAUGUCCUCGCAGCAGCUGCAAGAGUUCACCAAUGCACUGCUGAGCAUACAAAAGGGCAGUCCCAAGACGGACGAGCCCACGAACACCGAGGCCGAUGCCGAGUCCCAGCUAAUGGUGCCCAAGUUCCGUGUGGGCUCCUUCACCACAGCCGCUUUGAUGGCCAGCGAAAUCCGUUUGGGCGCCCUCGCCGCCCUCUCCAACUACAUGCACGAGGACGAGCAGCAAGCAGAGCUGAGCACUGAGGAGCAUCACAGCAGCAUCUCGGAGACAGCCUGGGACAACUAUCAAGAGAAAUACAAUUCGGAGAACUAUUCGGAGGGCUUUGAUUCGGAUGCGGCGCGUCGUCUCUUGGAAUUCGGCGAUGACUAUCGCAAUUUCAUUGACUCGCAGUCGGAUUGCUGCAGUUCGCUGUCGGCGGCCAACAAUUUGGAUUCGUUUUCGCCGCCGCGCAUGGACUCGCUGCAGCAGCACGAGCAGAAGGUCCUACACAUCACCCAGGAGACGAUCAGCAGCAGCGUGGACCACGCCCGUCGCCAGCGCGCCCUCGAGCUGCAGUACGAGCGACGCCGCAGGACGCUCGAAGUGCGACGCAAGUCGUGUCAAGACAUGGCGGAGGCCAUCAGCUGCCAGACGGAACAGCAGCAACAGCAGCAGGCGACCACCGCGAACCUGUCCUCCUCGGCCACGGCCCUGAUGACGCCCAAGCAUGCGUUGGCCAGCCAGCAGCUGCCUGCAGCCGCCCGUAAUGAAUCUGUGGGCCGCAAACUGGAAUUCGGCGCCGGCAUGAGCCACUCGGCCCAGUCGCUGUUGCGUCGCACCUCGGAGAGCGACACCUCGACCCGACGUCGCCGCACCGUGACCGCCGAUGAGCGCAGACGCUCGUCGCGCAAUCUGGAGAAGUGCAUCAAGCUGAUACCGGCGACGUCCUCGUCGAGUGGCGAUGAUUCCGAGGAUGGGGAACAGGAGAUGCGCUCCCUGUUGCAACAGAGCCGCGACAGACUCGAGGAUACGCGCGCCCUCAAGAUACGCUGUCAUCUGCUGCGACCCGAGGAUUAUAACGAGAUAAUCAACACUUGCCGUGACAAUAUACGCUGCCUGGAGGCCGUGCUGAGGGGUCCGCCUGGCACGGUGCUAUCGACACACUGCGCCGGUCAGACAAAAGAUCUAUUGGCUGCUUGGGAGGAUCUGCUUAACUGGAGCGAGAAUGCGGCAAGCGCACGCAAGCUGCAGCAGGAGAUGAGCGCAUUGAAGCACACGCUGCGCCGCCUGGGCGAUAAGUCCACGCCGGAGCUGCUCGACACAGAGCCGGCCAUACAGAUAGCCGUCGAGGCCUUAAAGCUCGAGCAGACACAGUUGAGCAGCUAUCGCACCAACAUGCUGCGCCUGAACGCCUCGGUGCACAGUUGGCUGACGCGCCAGGAGCGGCGUCUACAACAGGAGCAGCUGCAGCAGCAGCUGCAACAGGAGUCCGAACAACUUCAACAGAAAAAGGAGCAAGAGCAGCGGCACGAGCAGCAGCAGCAGCAAGCAGAACUGAAGCCUGCUGCUGCCGGCGGCGUGGUGGCCAUCACUGUAACUGACAGCAAUGGCAACCAGGUGGUGGAAGCCUCCACGGGCACCUGCGAUGUGUCCAGCCUAAUGAGCGCCGAGCAGGAGUUCCACAAGCAUCUCAAAGAUGAGGUCAGCGACAUGUACAGCGCCUGGGACGAGGCAGAUGCCAGAAUCAAUUCGCAGCUGGAGAUGCUCACGAAUUCAUUGAUUGCCUGGCGCCAGCUCGAGUGCGGGCUGAGCGAGUUUCACCUGGCCCUGGGCCAGGAUCGCGGCACACUCAAGGGCCUGGAGGGCGCCCUGGACAAGGGACAGGCGACGCCUGUCGAGCUGGCACAGAACGUCAAGCUGGUGGCCAAGCUGCUCUCGGAGAAGGUGAACGUUAGCCAGGAGCAGCUGCUCGCCGUGCAGCAGCAUCUCGAUCCCAAUCAUAUCUAUCACAUUGCCAAGUUUACCGCCUCGAACGGCUCGCUCUCCGAUUCGGGCAUCUCGGACGGCGGCGCCACCUCCGAUGGCGGCCUGUCCGAGCGUGAACGACGCCUGGGCGUGCUGCGUCGCCUGGCCAAGCAGCUGGAGCUGGCUUUGGCGCCGGGCAGCGCUGCCAUGCGCUCUAUCGCAGCGCGCAUGGAGAGUGCCGAGGCGGAGCUUAAGCAGCUGCAGAAUACAUGCCGCGAUUUGAUUGUGCGCACCGCCGCCUCGCACCAGCAGAAGCAGCAGCAGCAGGAGAAGCAAAAGGAGCAGCUGGCCAAUGGACCUGCCAAGCAGCUCGCUGGCAAAUCCCAAACGCAGUCGACCAAGCGCAGAAACGCGCGCAAAACGCGUCAAAUCGACGCUGAGCAGCAUAUGGAGCAGCCGGAACAGCGUGCUUCUCUCCGCAAAGAACAGGAGCAACAGGUUGUCGAGCAGCUGCAGCGCAUUGUCGCCGCCGGCGGCGGUGGUGGUGGUGGGGAUGACGAUCCGCCCGAGGAGCCAGCCGCCGCACUGCUGGACAGCUCCGAGGAGGAUGAGGAUGCCGAUGGCGCCUCCAAGAAGCGUCGCGGCUGGGCGUGGCGCAUCGCGAGGGCAGCUGUGCCCAUGCAGCUGGCGCUGUUCACGUUCUUCUGCGCCGCCUGCAUGAUGCAGCCCAACUGCUGCGACAAUCUCAACAAUCUGUCCAUGAGUUUUACGCCUCAGCUGCGCUAUAUACGCGGCCCGCCUCCGAUUUGAGCGGCGCGUGCUGUGCGUUUUUCGCCGCAUGCGAAACGCGCGCACGUUUUUAUGUAGGCAACAAAAAAUAAUUUACUUAAGACGAGUAUCGUUAAGCAAUCUAACAGCCAGUUAGAUGUCAGUGCAGGCGACAAGCAGCCUGACAUUCGGGCGACCUCAAAGUGGAACCCGACAAUGAGGCGACCACGGCGCGUUUCAGACGCGUUUCGCACGCGCUUCGAACGCGGUUUGCGUUUAAAUACGCGCACGCGCGCGCGUCUUGCAGCAGUUAGAAUUUUUUUUCGUGUGUGUUUUUUGUCUUUUACAAAACGGAGGCACUUAGUUUUUUUUUUAUGUUUAAAUGUGCGAAACGGCAUGCUUAAGAUAUAUCCCACAUAGAUUUUGAUUUGAUUUGAUUUGUUGGAUUGUUUCGUGUUUAUCUUAAGAGUUUGAUUGCGGUUCUUACAAACAUAUUUUUUACGAGGAAGCGUUUAAAAUUAAGUGCAAAAAAAAACACAAGUUUAAGCUCAACUUUAGCAAGUACAGGAAGAAAACAGAGCGGAAGGUCAAGAGUUCAUGACACAACAUGGAGAGGAAAGAAAAUAAGGAAAAACAAAAAUUCGUAUCGUACUUAGUGCAGGAUAUUGGGAGCACGCAACUCGCCCACAUAUCGAGCAACACAUUUAUAAUGGCAUGACAAACUCCAGUUAUUAGAAAUACAAUUUACAAUACGUUUCGCUUAAUUUCGGAAACUUUUCUGUUUGAAAAACACGUAAAGUGCCUACAAGGACCCAACACAAUGGAUGUGGGCCCACAGCGAAAGCGAAACCUUUAAGAAAGAGUCGAAAAGGGAUAAGGAAAUAAAAAGAAAGUGAAAGGUGAGUGCAUAUCGAAACGUUUAAGAAAGAGAAGAGAGAGAGAGGCGAGAGAUCGAGUGCAUAUCGAAACGUUUAAGAAAGAGAAGAGAGAGAUAUACGCAAGAGUCGAGUGCAUUUCGAAACGUUUAAGAAAGAGAAGAAGAGAAAUCGAGUGCAUAUCGAAACGUUUAAGACAGAGAAGAAGAGAAAGAGAGAGAGAGAGAGAGAGAGAGAGAGGCGAGUGCAAAUCGAGAAAAAGGCAACAUAGCAAAACAGAAGCUAAGCCCAAACUAAAUACAAAAGCAACGGCGGAAGUGCUUUCAUUUGGCACGCGCCAAAACCAGUUGAGAAUUAGAGUUUCUAUUUUUAUAUGCAAUGCAAUUUAUAUGAACACAGGAACAGUUUUUGUCCACCUUGCGCUCUAUUUAAUAUUCAGUCUUAUGUCUAUUAUAUUAAUAGGAUAAAUUCGAAAACCCACAAAACAGAGAAAUGAAACAGAGAUCAGAGUUAAUUUGUACGUGUAUCUAAGGCUAUCUAACAGCUAAACUAUGUUUAGGUUGUACUUCUUAUUUGGCAACAACAAUUAAAUUAUAAACUAUUUAUAAGUUUCGUAAUCUUGUGAGUUUUUCCAAUUUUGAAUGCAAACAAAAAACACUACAAAAACUACAACAAAAAAAAAACCUAUGUGAAAAACAAAAUAUAAA